UCCCGAGAAAAUUCGAGACUCUAUUUUCCUUCACUUUCCGAGCAUCCAAACCCCCACAAUCGUAGAAACCCUGAGAAAGCCAUGGCAGCCAUAAGUCUCCGGAAGGGUAACACCCGUCUUCCGCCGGAAGUGAACCGCGUCCUCUACGUCCGAAACCUACCUUUCAAUAUCACCAGCGAAGAGAUGUACGACAUCUUCGGAAAAUACGGCGCCAUUCGCCAGAUCCGAAUUGGCACCAACAAGGACACUCGCGGCACCGCCUUCGUCGUCUACGAGGAUAUCUACGACGCCAAGACCGCCGUCGACCACCUCUCCGGUUUCAACGUUGCGAAUCGGUACCUUAUUGUUCUGUAUUACCAGCAAGCGAAGAUGAGCAAGAAGUUCGAUCAGAAGAAGAAGGAGGAUGAGAUUACGAAGAUGCAGGAGAAAUACGGUGUCUCCACCAAAGAUAAGUAGGGGAGAAAAUUUUCUAGGGUUUCUGUUGUUAUUGUUGUUGAGGAAAUUGCAUACGAUUGUGACUAUGUUGUUGGAAUAGAAAUUGAAAUUAUGAGGUAUCUGCAAUAUACAUGUGUUAAUUGUGCAAAAUUAAUCUGAAUUUGGAGAGCAAGAAAAAAAAAGGGUUUUUAGGGUUCUUGAAUUUGAAAAAUUGACUCCCUGUGUGAUACUAUGCGUCCUUAGAUUUUGAAUCGAAAGUUCUAAGUUUGCUGUCUGUCAAUUUUCAAAGCUACUGGGUACCAAUGAUUAUGUAAAUAAAUAAAUAAAUAAAAUUUAAGUUUUACCCU